UAUGGGUCGGUUAUUAACUGAACAGAAUAAAUUAAAAGAGGCUUUGGAAAUUUAUAACGAAGCUUUACGGCGAAGACCAGAUGAUUACGCUCCUCAGAGCAUUUAUAAUAUGAUAGGAGAAGUGUACUCAAAACUAGGGAAUAUGCUUGAGGCAGAGAAAUGGUAUCGAAAAGCACUGCAGGCAAAAGCAGAUCAUAUUCCAGCUUUUUUGACUCUGGCAAGACUCUAUCAGCAUCGAGGAAAUUUUGACAAGGCUGAAGAUUUAUAUAGAAGCGCUUUGACACUAGCUCCAGAUGAUUAUUCCGUAUACGAACACUAUGGUCAGUUUUUAGGAGAUAUGAAUCGCUAUGCAGAAUCAGCAAAGAUUCUUGAACAGGCCAUUGGAUUAGGAAACAACGAUUUUCAGUUAGUCUUCAAUGCAGCCAAUACCUUAAGACAAGCCAACGAUAAUGAGAGAGCCGAAGAGUAUUAUAUUAAAGCGACAAAAAUCAGUCCUAAAGAAGCGGCCGCUCAUAUGAAUUUAGGCGCCAUCUAUCAUUUAAAUGGCAAGCUCCUGAAGGCCGAAGAAAGUUAUCUAGAAGCGUUACGUUUAAAACCAAAUGACUCUGUUACUUUAUCAAAUCUUAAGAAAUUACGCAAUCUGAUAGCUGCCAAAAAAUUAUAA